CGAUCGUGGAGCCUUGACGAGCGAACCGUCGUCGAAGCGCCAGUGUUUAUUCGUCUCUUCUCUCGACGUGACAACCGGGACUCCCGUGUGUCUCGGUCGACGGCGUGUGUUCGAAGGGAGAGAAGAAGAAGAAGAAGAAGAAGAAGAGACGAGAAGGAGAAGCAGCGCAACCGGGUACGACCUUGCCCUCGAGCCCUCGACCAGCUGCCGUAGAGCGAGAGCAUCGUCACGAAGGUGCAGUUAAGAAAUAAUCAACGAAAAUGAGUUGCAUAUCGCAGUGCGCCAAGUACUUUCUCUGUUUCUUCAACUUCAUUUUCUUCAUCGCCGGAGGAGCGGCACUGACCGUCGGCAUUUGGCUUUUCGCCGACAGGAGCUCCUUCACCAACCUCAUCGGGAAACUCGAUCAAUCCGACUUUCUGAACAAAACGGACGCCGAUGUCAUCAAGAUGAUCGCCUACAUUCUUAUCAUCGCUGGUGCUCUUACAUUCAUUAUCAGUUUCCUCGGGUAUUGCGGCGCUAUGUUCGAGUCCAGGUGUCUCCUCUGUGUCUACGGCAUUCUAAUUUUGGUGGUCUUAAUCCUGGAGUGUGUGGUAGUCGGCCUCGCUUUUGGACUUAAAGGAGACGUUGAGAAAGGUACGCAGGAUUUCUUGAAGUCAACCCUCGCCAAGUAUUAUGCGACCACGGGCGAUAAAACUGAUACGGUGACAGUCGCGUGGGAUGGUAUCAUGAGUAAGCUUCAUUGUUGCGGCGUGGAAAAUUUUCGGGACUUCGGUGAGAAUAGGAACUGGACUGCAACUGGAAAAAUGGUCCCCGAUGCUUGCUGUAUAAAAGAAAAUGACGUUCUGAAAGAUCCCACGUGUCCCAUCAGCCCCACUGUAUCUAACUCGUACUAUCAAAUGGGUUGCUACAAGGCCAUGAUGACCGCUAUCGAGGAGAACGCGGCGAUAGUGAUCGGUGUGGCCGCUACCCUGGUCUUCGUCGAGGUUCUGGUCAUUAUCCUGGCGCUGUAUCUAGCCUGCUGCUACUGGCGUCCACAACAUGUUUAUCGAUGCGUAGAACCUUCUGGCAAGGAGUAACUUCGAGAGCAGAAUGUGCUAAGCUUUCUGCCAGCAGUUCUUUUGAACGCAGUUCUUUUUUCUUUAAGGAUACUUCGCGAUUACCUCGACUGUGUUUAUACGUGUAUGCUUAAUAUACGUAUAUAACACGUACAAUGUACCUAUAUAUGUAUACAUGCAUAUGUAUAUAAACACACACACAUAUAUAUGUAUAUGCAUAUAUGUAUGUAUAUGCUUUCGUGUACUUUUCACCGCAAUGGCGACGCAAGUUGAAUCCGAUGGCAUCGUACCGCAUCGUGCGCUUUAGUCUCAGAACUAUAACGUAACGAGAAUCGAAGGGUUGCGUAUCAAAAGCGAUUUAACGUUACAACCGAUCGAUGAAGCAGUCGCUGAUCACGAUGACUGAUCGCACAAUCGCUUUCGGUCUACUCGAGCCCUUCGGAUCGCUCGCACGAAUUAACGUAGGAAUUUCAACGAAAAUCGCGUUGAGCGGAAGCCGCAAAGGCGCAGGAUCUCCUUCAUGACUAUUGUCAACUUCGAGAGCUUCAGAGUUGCAUGUGCCAAAUUACGACACGCACAAUUGCGGAAUCAGUUGCGUGUCGAUUGUCAAGCGCUUUACAUCGGCGCUAAAGUGUCAAUGUAUCAAACGCAUUCGCUUUCACUGAGAUUAUUAACGUGGAAUGCACGUUGUAUAAUCGACACCGCGAGCAAAUCGUUCAACAUUUUGACGCAUGUAGAAAAUCUUUUCUUCUCUAGCCGUUCUGGAAAAAAAACAAUCUAAUGUUUAUUUUUUAUCAAUGUAGAUUAAUCUCAUUAAUUUAAUUUGUUUUUUUAUUUUCAAAAUGUUAGUUAUUGAAAUGAGAUUAUAUAAUAUAUAUAUAUAUAUAUAUAGCGUCAUGACUUGCUUACAUGAAGAAAUCUUGUACAGUACCAUCGAAAAAGUAUUCUCGUUAUUCAAUAAUCAUUUUCUCGAGUUGAAAGGAAAAAAUGAUUGUUACGUAGAAUAUAUUAAUUUUAAUCAGAGAUACUCUAAUGCUACUAGCAUGUAAAAAUUAGAAACGGAAUCACAGAAGAAGUAAGUUAAUCUACAUUGGUAGAAAUGGAUAUGAAUGAAAGAAACUUUUCUUUUUCGCGACUUGGACACCAUGCAGAUGAAAAUAUUUAGAGGUUCUUUUUAUAGCUCGCGUUCAUUGUUAACACGACGCUCGUUUCUAUCCGCUCAACGCUCGCUUGAACGAUCUGUGCCAACACUUGUAUUUCAAUAUUUCGUCACCGCCUUGCAACGUGGUAACUCAAAAUGCUUUUGAAUUCGGGCGAAAUGACCAAUAAUGUACAUAUCGUACCGAAGUACUCCCAACAACUUUGACGACCAAUUCUCACUCGAAGAACGUGAAAUGAGAGAUAGCUAAAAUUUGAUUUGCGAUAAAAAUGUUGUAAUAUUUUUUUAAAUCUCGGUUACGAUCACCCAUCGGGCAGCUUGCUUUCCCAGAAUUCUUGAACAUUCGUUCGAUCGCACAGUUAUUUUCAAUAUUUUACAUUCCGUCUUGUCAAUACGAACAAAAACUGUCGCACGAUUUUCCAUAGCUUCAUAAACAACCGAGGUCGAUCGGUAGUGAAAGUGUUGUUGAGUGCAGCACAAUUUCACGUUCGGGUCCUCGACGGUGAGGUGAAUGCCUCGUCGCGAAGAAAUUACGGGUGUUACAUACGCGCGUAUUCAUCUGAAUUGAUCACAAUCCAUCCUAUUAAAGUAGAACCUUUUCUCAAUUGGAAGGCAUUGACAAAUGGACGUUCUUUUAGCUUGUGUAGACGUAUCGUCGAGACAGGCCUGGUGAGGUGCUGAAGUAAGGAUGAUUUUGAUGGGGUUUGCUUUCAAGUAAGACGGAGGUGAGGCUAUCAGUUGACAGCCGAUCCCUUCCUUGCUGCCGCUUCGCGCUGCAGCGUCUAGAUCUAUUAUCAUCUAUUCUAUUCUACAAGCGUUCUUUAAAUUCUAUUCAGGCAUGGUAGCUUUGCUCUCCACCCUUGCAUGGCCAUGCUGUUGUAUAUUAUUUGACAGAGGCAGAGAGCCGGAUGUACGGAGACUGAGAGUGAGAGAGAAAGAGAGAGCGCGAGAGAGAGAGAGAGAGAGAGAGAGAGAGGCCCGAUUGCAUCGUCACGUUGACGCAACCUGUAACAGGUGCAAAACGAUUAGUGUUGGUUGACUUUGAACAGAGGUGAUUCUAUACGGAAUGGGGUAUCAUGGAGCAGGGACGAUAUCUUGUGAUAAUGAAAAUUAUAAGUGUGCAUUAAUACGAUCAUUAAUCAGAAAGUUAUUUUUAUUAUUUCAAUAUCUAUAUAUCUAUAUACAUAUAUAUAAAGCGUCUCCUGCCAAGCGCCACUCCCUCUGAAUCAUGAUCAAUUUUCAGUCGACUUUUCCUUAACGGAGAAAAACCAAAAUGUAUCAUAAUUUUGCAACCUUUGAAAUAAUCAUUAUAUUUUUAUAACUAAAGCCUAAAAUUUUAUUGUAAUAUAGUGUCUAUUUGAAAUUGAUUCAAGAAUAUAAUUUUGUUAUCUAUUUUUAAAACGCUUUUCAUUCUUGAUCUCGACAUAUUUGCAAAGGAAAAAUCAGCUUAGAAUUAGCAAGAAAAAAAAUGUAAUUUAAGGAAGUGCGUUCAGCGAGAGACACUUUGCGUUAACGAUGAUAAAUUAUUAAAUGCAUAAAGUGAUAAAGUGAUAAAAAGAAAUAAAGUAUGCAAAUGGGAAAAAAAUGUAAAGUAGCGUAAUACGUUAGGCAUUUAAAUAUGUGCAAUUGUUGUUUCAUGAUUACAAUUAAUCUAAAUGACGUUAAUUAUUAUAAUUAGACAUUUUUCGAAUUCUGCAUAAAAAGAUGCUAUUUAUCAAUUGUUUAUGAAUUAAUCACGAAACAAUAGCUAUGAUUACUAAAAUAGACGAAAAUUUAGAAAAUUGAGUCACUAAUCAAAGCGUUCCAUCCGUAAAUAAUGCAUUUUCGUGUUCAAUUCAACUAAUACGAGUUGAAUACAUAAAACAUUGGAUAUAUAUAUGGGCGCGUAAAGAUCUUUCUUCUUUAGCGCGCGCUGUUAAAUUUUUUGAGAAGAAUCAGAACGAUAAACUAUCAAACGUGUUUUGUUGAAGCCAAACGAGUAUGCAAUUGGGCCUGUAAGUUUCAUUUGAGCUUCAGCGUGACUUCAUUUUGUUUCACGGUGUUAACUCAUAUCGAACAGCUGUCGGCACGAGUUAUUAAACACACGUGGCGAAAUUCUACUCGGAAUUGUGGUACGCAAGUAACACAAACAUUUAACUGUUUCCUUUCACCUUUCUCAUUAGUUUAUAGUAGCUUAGUCAGCAAUCUAUUGUCUCAAUGUUGCAAACGCUAUACGGUACCUAACAGAUACAUCGCAAAGAUCGCAGGAUGAGGUAUCUCAUUCACGUUUACAUAUGUAAAGAAUACAAAAAAAAAAAAAUUGCAUUAUUGUAAAUGGGACGACGUACAAUUUCGAGAAGAAGUCCAUAUACCUUCAUAAGAAAUCGAUAAUAUGUAUGUUAGUGUACUUUCAAUGUUUAACACACACUGCUGUAUACGCCAAGUUCUGUACGUAUGCGCACCGAACACACGCGGAGGGCCAAAGCCAAAAACCAGGCAACAACAACAACAAAAAAAUAUUUGAAGACUGAGAAAAUUGAGAAACUAAAUUGUACGCACAUUGCAACGAUCUGAUGCGGACCUUACGAAUCGAAGAUAUCAUUUCCUUAGCGGGAUGCGUGUAUAUAUUUAGAUAGAGUAUAUUUUUGUAGAGUUUCUGCGAUAUCUCGGCGCGACAUCGUACAAGUGAAACGCGAAAGAAACUUCCGAUUCUUUGUUCAUUUCGAGAAGAUCGCAUGUAAACAAGGAUGAUGGUAUUGCAUUUUCGACAAUACGAUCGCGCGCAUGCAGAACGCACGAACGCACGUGCCAGGUGUAUCGACCAGGAAUGCCAAAAAGAAAGGAAAAAAAAAGAUGCACAAAUGAUCUUACGCGUUUUCUUCCGUACCUGAACUUUUCUAGAUUUAACGUUAGACGAUGCCCCAUACGGCACGGGAGCUUUUCGGUCACAUCGAAGCAAGCUGCAAUAGAAUGCAAAGUAGAUGUUCCAACAUUGAUGCAGAAAUGCAUCGAUGUUGCAGCAACAUAUAAGUAAUAUACAAUAUAAAUUAGCUUGCGCAGACGCAGCACAGAACAUUCCAGCAAUGUUGCUGAAAUGCGUUAUAUAGUAUUGUAUUCCGUGCUGUAUGGGUAUUGCGUGUUAGGGGUAUUGCAAUCUUUCCGCAAAGUUUCCGCGAACCUUCUGUGCUGCAUGGGUACAAUAUACCUGUAUGCGAAUCUCUUGUUUGGAGGAUCUACGCCGUUAAUUGUAAUCUUGUAAUCGCGGGCCGCGUGCUGCACUGUGUGUGCGACUAUCGACUCGACGAGUCUGAUUUCGUUCGUCGUUCUUUCUCCGUGCCAGCGUGCGCGUACGUACAUACACACGAGUAAUCGACGGUAAUCUUAAUGCGGACGGUAGUCUUACGAUGCUAUUUUACAUCGCUACUAAUUGUUCAUGCCGCACAUUCUAGACAUUUUCGUUUCCAGUGUUAACUUGUUGGUGCUGCUGUUGACGAGGCAUUAAGAGCAUGGAACUGUUGAGUAGUGCCUCCUAGCACGUUGAGCCCUUAGUGCUCCUGUGCCUUGCUUGCUUGAAACUCUAGCUGCUAGCCAAGCCUAGGCUAGUUGAGAAGUCGGCCGACAGAAAACCAAUUCUUUGACGCUUGAGUUGACGAAACGUUUCGGGAAA